AUGCCGGUGCAGAUCCCGGACGACUCGGACUUCUCUUCGUUCAAAGACCAGUGUCUGAGCACUGACGGAUGGAUCAGCCGCUACAGCAAGGGAGGGGUGACGGUGUGGUGCCGAGAGGAGGAGAGCAGGACCGUCCAGAAGCUCAAGAUGAGGAUAGUGUGUAAAGACGUGACGGCAGAGACUCUUUACGACGUCCUCCAUGACACCAGCUACCGCAGGAAGUGGGACACCAACAUGAUCGACACGUAUGACAUCGGCAGACUGACGGUCAAUGCAGAUGUGGGAUAUUACUCCUGGAAAUGUCCGAGCCCUCUGAAGAACAGAGACUUCGUGACGAUGAGAUCUUGGCUUCCUCUCGGCAACGACUACCUGAUCAUCAACUACUCUGUCAAACAUCCGCAACAUCCUCCUAAGAAGGACUACGUCCGGGCCGUGUCUCUGCUGACCGGAUACCUGAUCCAGUCCAAUGGAGCCAACUGCUCCACCCUCUACUACCUGACCCAGGUGGACCCCAGAGGUUCUUUACCAAAGUGGGUGGUGAACAGAGUCUCUCAGUUUGUGGCUCCAAAGGCAAUGAGGAAGAUCUACAAGGCGUCUCUGAAGUAUCUGGAGUGGAAGAGGAGGCACAACCCGAACCUGAAGCCCUGGAUGUUUCCGGAGCAGAACACGCUGCCGUGCAUCAAGGUGUCGGAGCUGACGGUGCAGCGAGCCGACUCUCUGGAGAACAUCGACGAGAGCGGUGUGAGCGAGGAGAAGACGCGCCACAGCGACGACGAAGAGACCUAAGCCCCCGCACGGACUCAAAACAUAAAGAUCGAUUUCUCUCUGGUUUACUGUUUGUUGGUGUGUUUGACAAGAUAAACUGUAUCGACAGCCUGAUCAGACCUGGACCACACUACACCUGAAAAUGACUGAAAUGAUUUUGUUUGUUCUGUCCCACAGGAAGUAUCUUCCGCAUUAUCUCUGAUGAUUCUGUACAUCAGCUGUAGCGUCAGGUUUGGUUCAGCGAAUUCUGUAAAUGAGUGUUUGAAAGAUUCCUUCCGUCUUCAGUCUGAUUAGGGAACUAAAACCACCAGGUUCAGGUGAGGUAAAGGUUCCGGCGUCCUGCUGUGGUUAAAGGUGGGUGACGUCACCAAACUGCUGGGACUACUGAAGAUAUUUGU